AUGGGGGAUCAGCUCAGAGAAAUUUCGGCGCUGAAAGGUCAGCUCAAGUCCGCCAAGGCUUCCUUUGAAGCUCAAGCUUUGCAGCUGAAGUCUGUGGAAGGCGAGCUGGCAGAUCAUACUGACAAGGCCGAAGAGCAAGAGGUGAUGGUGAAGGAGAAGCAAAUUGCAAAACUGACUGCUGACACUAAGACACUGAAUGAGUUGAUGACCAAGGCAAUGGAGAGCAGGCAAGGCAUGGAAGUUCACCUGGAGGCGAAGGGGAGGGAGGUGGAGGAAAUAAAAGGCGGACUGAGGCAGGCAGAAGCGAAGGUUGCAGCGCUGGAGAAGGAGCUGUCAUGGAAGGACGGGAGGCUCAAGGCCGUGGAGGAAGAUGCUCAGGCGAAACAGCUGCAGGUAAAGCGAUUGGAGGGCCUAUUGGUGGAGGUGCAGCAACAGGUGGGGGUGGUGCAGCGUGAGAAGGAGGCUUGGAUGGGCCGGUUCUGGGCACUGGAGCAGGAGAAGACAUCAUUGGAUGCAGAAUUGUAUGAGCUGAGUCACCUGAUGCUGAUGAAGGAGAGGGAGGUGCAGGCAUUGCAAGCUGCUCAGGGCUACGGGCUGGAUUCUGACUGA